CGGAUGUGGAUGUGUCAUUUUCCCAAACUCACAUCACAACAACACACUGACACCUCAACUGGAUUUCAUGACCCGCUCUGGUCCAAAAAACAGUCAAUACCCUCACAGACCUUACUGACAGGCUCAUAAACACACUAAGAGGUGGUACGUGUUUCGGACGGUGGGUUUAUGUCGUAGAAUCCGCAGGUUUUGGGCCCGGUUCGUUCCGCCCGAAUCAUGUCCUGCUGCCUGCUGGAGUUCGGCCGGGUCCAGGAGCUCAGACAGGUGCGAGAGUUUCUGUUCCCCAAGCACAAGAAAGCCGGUCCGGAGGAAGAGAAAACACAAACAGAGAAUGAGUUAACAUGGGAUGACUCGGACUGGGGCUCCUGGGAGAAUCCUGACGGUAAAGAGGAUGGAGCUCAGGUUUGUAUUAAGGCUGAGGAGGAGGAGCAGCAGCAGCAAAGCGCCCCCUGGCUGCAGGACUGUGUUCUGUCUCUCUCGCCCUGCUCAGAUCUACUGGUCAUUGCUCAAGAGCAUAAAGCCACAUUUCUCUCUGCAAAGUGGCGGACAGCUGAAAGUGGACAGGAGGAAAUGGCCCUAACUGUGACCUGGAGUGGAACGCUGAGCAUUGAUGAGGGAGAGUGUAUUAGUAGUGUUAUCUGUAUUCCGUUGGCCAGUCAGAAGAGAAGUUCUACCGGCCGACCCGACUGGACCUGUAUUGUGGUUGGAUUCAGCUCAGGUUAUGUCCGUUUCUACACAGAGAGUGGUGUUCUUCUGUUGGCCCAAUUGUUGCAUGAAGAUCCUGUGCAGCGACUUAAAUGUCGCACCUAUGAGAUUCCACGUCACCCUGGAGUAACGGAACAGCAUGAGGAGCUCAGUAUUUUGUACCCAGCAGCCCUGGUCACCAUUGAUGGCUUUAGUCUCUUCCAGUCUUUACGUGCCUGUCGAAACCAGGUUGCCAGAGCGGCAGCAGCAGGAAGUGAUGUCAUCCAGCCUCCACCACUGGCCUAUAAGAAAUGGGGCCUACAAGAUAUGGACACAAUUACAGACCAUUCUAGCAUUGGUAUUACUACUCUGAGUGUGUUCGAUCAGAUGAAAAAUGCCUCUAUUCUGGGAGGAUACCAUGCUUCGGUGAAAGGAAGCCCUCCUGCAAUGAGUCAGUAUAUCACAGUGGGAGGAGGACCCUACACUGGGUUCUACUAUGCUAUAGAGGGAAGUUCUCAGCCUCUUCUCUCCCAUGUGGCUCUAGCUGUGGCCAGCAAACUCACAUCAGCUCUGUUCAAUGCUGCCAGUGGUUGGUUGGGAUGGAAGAGUAAAAAUGAAGAGGAGUCGGUGCAGAAACAGAAGCCAAAGGUGGAGCCGGCCACAGCCCUUCCUGUUAGGUUUGGUCUUCCAGAUUCUCGUCGACAUGGCGAGUCAAUCUGUCUCUCUCCAUGUAACACUAUGGCUGGAGUCACAGAUGAUUUUGGCAGAGUCACGCUGCUGGAUGUGGCACGAGGCAUCGCUAUCAGGAUGUGGAAGGGCUAUCGUGAUGCUCAGCUCGGGUGGGUGCAGGUGUCAGAGGCUCCUGGGGAGAGAGAAAUAGCCACAUCUCCCUCUAUGCCCCGCCGGCACGCCCAGUUUCUGGUGAUUUAUGCCCCACGUAGGGGCAUUUUAGAGGUGUGGGGAACUCAGCAUGGACCUCGAGUGGGGGCUUUUACUGUAGGCAAACAUUGCAGGCUGUUGUAUUCAGGUCACAGGUUAAUGGGUGUGAAUAGUGUAACCAGUCAGGGUUGGCAGAUACACACACAGCAGGUGUGUCUGUUUGAUCCGGUAAAUGGAGCCCUGAGAGCCAUCACCAUACCAUUCCACCUGGCACUCAGUGAUAAGAAGAGUGAGCGUGCUAAAGACAUGCACCUCCUAAGGAGACUCACCACUCUACUGAGGACCAGGGAGGUGGAACCAGCUCUGCUUGAGAGUGAAGCACAAAGUGUGUUAUUGGACAUUAAACAUCCAGCUAUUAAGAAACAGGCCCUGGAGUCACUGCUGUCCAAUAAGAAUGCACCAGUGUCCUGUUUGACCCAUGUUACUCGUGCAUUAUUGGCUAGCCUGAAAGAACAAGAUCCUGAAGCCGUGGAUGAGUCGUUGCUGCAGUUUUGUUCAUCACAGCUCAAACUUCUCCAGCUCUAUGCAGAUGUUCAGUUACUGCACACACCAGAUACGUCACCCACUGAGCCAGAACAUCCGUCUUUUUCUGGCAUUGAGGAGGAUCUUGCUCGUGUUGGCCCAAUCCUGCAACGAUACACAGAGAUGAACUCUAGGCCCUCUGUCUCAUUUGCUCAAGACUCUAGUGGGCCGCUGCCAGUCCGAACAUUUCUGUCUCAGUUGGAAUGGGUAAACGGAGAGCUCAGAGUGAUUAAACAACCUGAUUCCGACUGGACCCAACUAGGUAAAACCGCUCCCUGCUAGCAUUAUUUUAAUAUU